AUGACGACCAAGCCGCCCUUUGACGCCCUCCCGCUCCGCAAAGACGGCCCCCGAGGCAACGCCUGGGGUCUCUUCGGCCCGGACGACCAGUGCGGCAUGCUCAACCUCCUGACGCCCGAGGUCGUCCGCGCCGCCGCCAGUGAAAUCACCGACGGGACGCGCGUGCCGACCGACUGGCCGCUCAACAGCAUGGCGCAGCCGUGCUUUGGUCGGCGGCCGUUCUCGCACACGCUCAAGGAAAAGGCGCCGCGCAUCGUCAACGACGACGAGCUCACGUUCAACACGCAGAGCAGCUCCCAGUGGGACGGGUUUCGCCAUUUCGGCUUCCAGCGCGAGAAGGUGUUUUUCAACGGCAAGACGCAGCAUGAGUUGAGCACAACGACAGUGAAUGGUAUCCAAGCCUGGGUGAACAAGGGGGGCAUCGUGGGCCGCGGCGUGCUGCUCGACUAUGCCGCCUGGGCCGACGCCCAAGGCAUCCCCAUCGAGGCCUUCUCCCCCGCCUCGAUCCCCGUGUCGACGCUGAAGCAAGUCGCCGCCAGCCAGGGCAUCGCGGCCUUCCGGCCCGGCGACAUCCUGUUCCUGCGCACGGGCUGGAACCGCGCGUACCGGGCGCUGGACGACGCCGCGCGGCAGGCGCUCGCCGACCACAAGGUGCCGCCGGCCAUCGGCGUGGAGUCGUCCGUGGCGACGCUGCGCUGGCUCUGGGACGAGUCGUUUGCGGCCGUCGCGGGCGACCAGCCGUCGAUGGAGGCGUGGCCGUGCCAGGACCCGGAGCACUGGCUGCACGAGUGGCUGCUGGCGGGCUGGGGGAUGCCCAUCGGCGAGCUGUUUGACCUCGAGCGGCUGAGCGAGGAGUGCCGCACGAGGAAGAGGUACACGUUUUUCUUUAGCAGCGUGCCGCUGAAUGUCCCAGGAGGAGUGGCCAGUCCGCCCAACGGCGUGGCUAUAUUUUGA